AUGCGUAGGAUCAAAGUGCCCCGCGGGGCACCAUACCAGCAGCCCAUGUCUCGGCAACACAAACGCUUCCUGCUCUACGCGCUCGGUGCGGCUGUCCUGUUCGGCGUAUGCUACAGGUUCUUCGGGGAGCCCAUCGACCCGUUGGCUGUUCCUUUUGAAGACCACGAAGCGUACAUGCACGAAGGACCUAGUCUCGCCAGCCUUGAAUCGCAGCAGUCGUACGAUUGGCGCAAAGCCCCUUUUGUAAACCGCAUUUCGUCCUACAUCCCGCUACCGACCAGUAAACCCCACAAACUCCCGCCCAUCCAGGCUGAAUACUUUCCCGAAACGCGUGCGCAGAGAAAACAGAGGGAGUCGCAAAGAAUUGCAGUACGGAGUGUCUUUAAGCGUACGUGGGAGAGCUACAGGGCAUACGCUUGGGCGCAGGAUGAGCUCAAGCCUGUCACGGCAGAAGGCGAGGAGUCGUUUGGCGGCUGGGGUGCUACCUUGGUCGAUUCACUCGAUACCCUAUGGAUUAUGGGCCUUCGAGAAGAGUUUGACGAGGCUGUAGAGGCAGUUGCGGCAAUCGACUUCGGCAGGACGAACCUCACGAGUGUCAGCGUCUUUGAAACGACAAUUCGAUACCUAGGGGGUUUGCUGAGCGCAUACGACAUGAGCGGCAAGCCAAUCUUGCUUAAGAAAGCAAUUCAACUUGGAGAAAUGUUGUACCGGGCCUUUGACACGACAAACAACACACCACUGGGCUGGAUGAGUGUGGAAAGGGCCAAGAAGGUCGACCGAGAUGCCUUUGAUGCCGAGACUAAUAUUUGCUUUGCCUGCCUUGGCUCGUUAACCAUGGAGUUUACGCGCCUUGCACAGAUUACGUCUGAGCCAAAGUAUUAUGACGCUGUAGCCAGAGUCACUCUACUUAUGGACCAUGUCCAGAAUUCCACAAAGAUACCGGGGCUUUGGCCGACUAUGGUCAAUGUUGCGCGUGAGGAUUUUACUCUAUCGGGCUCCUUUUCGAUUGGCGCGCUGGCAGAUAGCACGUACGAGUACUUUCCCAAAAUGCAUGCGCUGCUCGGUGGUGUGGAGCCCGUGUACGAGAAGCUGUAUCGCGACUCUGCAAGGAAGAUUGACGAGUACAUGCUUUUCAGACCAAUGGUGCCUGACAAGGACCAUGGCGAGAAUUUGCUACUCUGUGGCGACGUGUCUGCUUAUAGCGACCAAAUCACUCUAAAUCCAACCAUGCAGCACCUAACAUGCUUCAUCGGCGGCAUGUUCGGUCUAGCAGGCCGGAUCUUCUCCAUCAAAGAACAUGUCGACCUCGGCGCCAAACUCACAAAGGGCUGCGUCUACAGCUAUGCCGCCACCCAAACCGGCAUCAUGCCCGAAACCUUCGACAUGGUCCCGUGCAAAUCGCGCAUUUCCUGUCCCUGGAACCGCACCACCUGGGCCGAAAGCGUCCUCACCCACUACGGCAACAAGUACAUUGACGACCUCGAUGCCGCCGUUGAAAAAUACAGCAUUCCCACUGGAUUCACCAAUAUUCGCGAUCGCAGAUAUUUACUUCGUCCCGAAGCAAUCGAGUCCGUCUUCAUCAUGUACCGCAUCACAGGUGACCGGCACUACCUUGACAGCGCAUGGGACAUGUUCAACAGCAUUGUUGCUGCCACCGAAACAACGUAUGCGUACGGCCAGGUCCGCGACGUUACAUUUGCUGCACCACAAGAUCCUACUAUUAUUGCUCCUACUUCUACUGUGUCUGGUGCAGCAGGGCAGUCAAGUGCGCGUGACAAGAACAUUGAGAACAAGAUGGAGUCGUUUUGGACGGCGGAGACGCUCAAGUAUUUUUAUCUCAUAUUUAGCACCCCUGAUAUGAUCAAUCUUGAUGAGUGGGUGUUCAACACCGAAGCGCAUCCUUUUAGGCGACCAAAGGCUGUGUAA